GAGACGUUGGAGGAGACUGGGGAUAGUUUCGCUCGGUUUGUCAUUCCCAGAGGGAGAAGAAGGAGAGGGUGUGAUCCGAGUUUACCUGUUCAGUGUCCCCGGCUUUUUUUUUUAACACAACCGGGUCGUCGAAUUUAAUUUUCUGUGGGACGUUUAAGACUGGCUUCACUUCGGAGGAAAGCGGAGCUGUCAUUAAAGGAUGCUAAAAACGCCCUGAGUGGUUACUCCAAGAUGAGUGUGACAUCAUGGUUCCUGGUCAGCAGCUCUGGCACACGCCACCGGUUGCCCUGGGAGAUGAUCUUUGUGGGGCGGGAAGACUGUGAGCUAAUGCUGCAGUCACGCAGUGUGGACAAGCAGCACGCCGUGAUCAACUAUGACCCAAACACUGAUGAGCACAUGGUGAAGGAUCUGGGCAGCUUGAAUGGGACAUUUGUGAAUGACCUGAGGAUCCCAGACCAGACGUACAUCACCCUCAAGGUCUCAGAUGUGAUUCGCUUUGGUUAUGAUUCUCACGUGUACAUGUUGGAGAAGAGUCAACACAAGGUUCCAGAGGAAGCUUUGAAACACGAGAAGUACACCAGCCAGCUGCAGCUCAGUAUAAAGGCCCUUGAGGCCAGGAAGAAGGACAAACAGCAGAACUCGGAGAGGAGCCGAGACUCUGACUCUUUCAGUGUCAAACUGCAUGAUAAGACUGAGCGCAGAGCUCACUCGAUCACAGCCACCACAGAUAUUCCAAUAUCCAAGCCUACUCCUCUGUAUGGCCAGCCGUCCUGGUGGGGGGAGGAUGAUGACCCAGCCAACAACGAGCGGAGCAGAGGUGGAAGGCAGCCCGACCAGGACUCUACAGAUCCUGCUAAAGAAACCUCCAGAUAUGAUGUCAACGGUUCUCUGUCUGAUAAUCACACCAAGUCCAUCUACUCCUACCACCGAGAACCCAGUUACUUUGAGAUCCCAACCAAGGAGCUACAGCAGCGGCCUGUCAAGAAAACAGACUCGCAAGUUGAUGAGGUUCCCACAAAGGACACCCAAAAUCCGUCCCAAUGUGUCUCUUCUGCCCCAACACCACCUGUCGUCCAAAGCCACGCCUCCUUCACCAUCGAAUUUGAUGAGUGUACGCCUGGCAAGAUGAAGAUCAAGGACCAAGUGACUAAGUUCUCCUUCCGCCAGCAGCGCAAGCUCCCAUCCCAUGAGGUGGUCACCACACCCACUGAGGUGAUGUCAGCAGAAAGCAAGGUUGCUGAUUGGCUUGUUCAAAGCAAUGUGAACAUGAUGAGGAGGAGGAGGUCACAGACUGAAGAUGUGUACAGUACCAGGAGCGACCAGUCAGUUCAGAGGAUCAAUAAGGCACAUCACCAUGAAGAUGGCACUCACAGUGACUCAGAGGAUCCUACACACAAUGGAAAUGAUUUUCUGCAAUUAGGAUCUCAAACUGGGUCCCAGUCAUCUCAUCCACCCCGGAGAGACUCCCCUGAUUCUGAGGAGCGUCUGUCCAUUACUCCUCCGGAGCCUCAGUCCUCACCCAGUCAUGGCAAGGCAGACUCCCAAAAAGCCUUUGUCAUUGAAUUCUUUGAUGACAACCCACGAAAGAAGCGUUCCCAGUCCUUCACUAAUAACACUGCCCAGCUGGACAAAGCAGGGAAAGGCUCCAGCGCAACUGGGGAGAGGCAGGUCCCAUCUCCAGCCUUCAGCACUCCCCCAGCCCAACGGUACACCAUCCCCCUAAAGGGCCCUGGUUCUUCAGGACCACAGAGAGCUGGUUCUCUCCGAAGAGAGAAGACAGAGGACCGGAUCAGCACCAGUUUGUCCUCUCGCUCCUCUGUCUCUGUGCGACCCUUUGCCAGUGUGGGCAGGCGGUCCAAACUCACCCAGGAGUUCCAGGCUGAAUUCCUCAAACAAGCAAGACAGACUGCCCCUGCAAGCUGGGAGAGAAAUACAUAUAGUUCCCCUAAAAGCAGCCCACCAGGGACAGUGGUAGCAACACAAUCAGACCAGAGUCUAGCCACCCCACCAUCACCUCCUGCUCCUCACCUGGCCAAGACCUCUUCCCCUAUCCACCAGCCUGUGCCCCUGAAGGCUCCCAUGACAGUCCUUGCCUCUCAGAGUAUGGAAGUCAAGAGCCCCUGUGGUGCCCGGAACGAAGAGGAAGACAGUCUGAGUGACGCGGGAACCUACACCAUCGAAGCGGAUACUCAAGACAAAGAGUUAGAAGAUGCACGCAACAAGAUCAGUCAGGUGUUUGGUGUUGUUGAGAGACCAGAGAAAACCAACCAGACUGAAGCAGGAACAUCAGCAUCAUAUAGGCCUGUUAUUAAUCAGGGCAGGGAGCAGCAUAGACAGAGUAGCUCGGGGGAGCUGGGAAGGCCAGCCUCAGAACAGGGAGAGAGUCUGGGAGAGGUUCAUCCAGGGGAUCCAGUUUUAAAGGGGGCUCCUAAAUGGAUGUCUCGCUGGGCCAGCUUGGCAGACAGCUACACGGAAUCUGGCCCUUCGUCUGGCCUCUUUGACAUCCCCUCCCAGAUGGAGCUGUCAGGAGGGGCGGGAGGUACAAUCAUCCACAAGGCCACACUAAGCCGAAAUCGUGAUAGCGCCGACUCUGAAGGUUCCCGAGCUCGCCGCAUCCUGCCCAAGCUACCACCGGGGGAGAAGAGUGAGUCUCCAACUCCCAAUACCUAUGUUCACUGUGACCUGCAGUCAACAUUUGAUGUAGAAGACAGUAACCCAGUGGCCUUGAAGUCUCAGAAUGACCAUCACAGGUUAAAAGUGCAGGACGAUUUAGAGCCUGACAGCUUGAGUGACGCCAGCAAGUCAGAUGAUGGUUCCAUCAUAGAAUGGAGGAGGAGACCACUGUCUGACACACUUGAAAAUAAUAAUGAGGAGGACAAGACCAGACUCCCACCCAAGUCUACAUCAUUCUACAUAGGCUCAGACGAGGUUGUGUCCAAGCCUGAACGUGGAGGCUCAAAACCCAAUACUCCAAAGACUGAGCGAAAACAACCAAACAAAACCUUCUCCUCUGCCACCCUGACCAAGCAAAAAGGUACCCAGGACUCUGGGAAAGUCAAGCCCAGUGUCUCAGCUCCUAUCCUGGGUCAGGAUACAGAGAGCCCUGAGACCAAAGAGGGACGGGUAACCUCACUGGUCAGACAGGAGAGCUUCACCAAGGAUCGACCCAGCAAUGCCAGGUUGCCCAACAUAUCCAGCCAGCCUGCUCUAAGAACCCUUGACCCCGAUUCAUUGCAUGGAGCCUCCAAUCAGGACACUCAUUCUUACCUCAAAGAGACAGAGGAUGUUCUAGCUGCUCUGGAGGCCAAGCUCCAAGCAGGCCAGCCAGAAACAACUUCCUCUGCAAUGAUGGACUCUCUAUCUGGGGAGUCUGAUGUAGAUACCUCCAGCACAGUCAGCCAGCGCAGCAAUAAGACUAGGCCAAAUACAUUGACAAAAAAGCCUUCUAAUUAUGGGCUUCAGAGGGAGGCAACUUCGAGCAGUAUAGCUAGCCAGGAUAGCAGUAAUCAGUCCUCUGUACGGGAGCGUCUGUCAGAAAAACGUCGCUCCCUGGGAGCAGAUACCAACAGUAAGACUGACACAGGUAGGAGACUGGUUGGACUGAGACGUAGUACAGGAAAACGUGGCUCCACAGACCUAAGUGAUGACCCCCAGAGCUCCAGCAUACUUUACUCUGACCAGGAGUCUAGCACCCACCAUAGCCGCAAGAAAUACACUGUCCCCCUCCAGAGGGAGGACUCCAAAAUGUCCAAAGUGUCCCAGGCCUUGAGUCGAUCCAAUAGCUUGUCUGCCCCAAGACCUACAAGGGCGUCCAUGCUCCGCAGGGCUCGCCUGGGAGAAGCCUCUGACAAUGAAGGUACAGAGACAGACAGGCUGUCCCAGGAGGCAGGCAAUGCUCCGGCCAAGCAGCCUGUGGAACCCAGGAAACUCUCCAGGCUGGAUAUGCUGGCGAUGCCUCGCAAGCGGACGAGCUCUUUCAACACACCCAGUGACACAGAGGCCGCCAGCACCCCACUUUGCACAGGCAGGACCACAGGAUUCUCCAAUCGUAGCACAGAGUCCAGCAGCAGCUCUGCCCGCAAAGCCUCUGUACCCGGACCAAAACCUGCACUACAGAAAGCAGCCCCCAACAAGACUCCGAUCAGCCGUGGACGCUCCAGCAGUGCCAAAUAUGCUAGCAGUACAGCAAGCUCCAGAAGACGACAGAAAGGGUCUGACUACACCUCUACCUCAGAGGAGGAGUAUGACUCCAACCAGAGUACCCCUAAACACAAACGCUCCCAACCUCCCUUAGCUUCCCAUAGCCCACGCAAUCAGCCCCGGCCCCAGCCAGUGGUCGCCUUGCGGCCCAAACCCCGCAGCAGAGACUCUGAGGAUGAGAACCAUGAAGGAGACGCCUUCCACAACUGGUCCAGCCACAGUGCUGAGAUUGCACGCUUGAGUCAGGACCUGGCUAAAGACCUGGCUAUCUUGGCCAGAGAGAUCCAUGAUGUUGCUGGUGACGCUGAUGCCCAAAGCUCUGGACUGGAGGCCAACACACCCAGCUCCACUGUUACCACUCACGAAGAGCUGGUUCAGCGCGUUCCAGAUGCUGGACUUAACUACCAGAGAGUCCCACCAGGCUCUGAGGAUGUGAAGGAGCCCGACCAGAACGUCAUUGUGGACAAUCUGAUGCUAAAUCCAGUGUCUCAGGUUUCCAUGGCCAUCAGAGAGAACACCGAGAAACUUGCUGAGAAAAUUAAGGUACUCUUCCAGGACAAGCUGGAUGUAUGGGAAGAAAUGGAGGCAAAGAUUGGCUCUGAAAGUGAUGUCCCUGUCCUCAAAACUUCAAACAAGGAAAUCACUUCUAUCCUCAAAGAACUCAGAAGAGUGCAACGACAGCUUGAGGUCAUUAACACAGUCAUGGAGCCCAGUGGGCUUUCUGAAUUGAGCAAGGCCUCUGCUCCUGUGGUCUCCGCCUCACCUGGAUGUCGACCCACCAGACCUCCCGCCAGAGACUGGAGAACUGUCCACUCUGUGUCACACCGCGGUGGCGGCCCUAGGCCCGGUGACAGUGUCAGGAGAGCAGCUGUAACGUCAGAUGAUGUUAGAGAGGGAUAUUUGGUCUAAGGUCAGAAGCAAACACACAGGUUCCUCCAACGCCGUGCUGCUGCCGCUGCCCUACAAGCCCAGGUGCCGAACCACUGUUCACAGAGUGAAACCCAGAGGGGGAAGUGAGAGUGACUAGGCAGAACUGUGGCCUCCAGCAUGAAAAGACACAACUGCAGUAUGGACACUACGCAACCACACGGUGUACACAGGGGUGUGAGAUGAGGCUUGCACUAAACACCUUUACAAUAUGCUCUGUCUGAGGCCUAAACACAAGGUGGAGAUUAAAAGGCGUAUAACCCUUUAAACAAGGUUAUGUUGGUGCCAUUAUUACUUCUAUUGAUCUCCCAUUCACCUGUGACAGGCCUCAAACCUAUACUUGAUUGUGCAUUAGAGAUUGACCUCAUUAUUGCCAAUGGUAUGACCAAUGUUGAUGUUAAAAGCACAAUAUAAUUAUUUUGUAUGGUUGAAAACCAGCCUGAGUAUAAUCAGCUCAGGGACAUUUGAUAAAAAUCACUUGUAGGGAUAUUUUAAUAAGUAGAUUCCUAUGCUCAGUGACAAAUCGCAACUUUUUAGGGAAUAUUAGUCAAUUGAUAUUUAUUUUGAGUAAAAAAAAACCUGCAUUGAUUCCUUGCAGAGCUGGCUGCUUUGUGUAUUUGUAUCUCCAGUAACCCCAUUACUUUUCUUUAUAUAUUUCUCUGUGGUUUUCUCUUUGUUGGCCACAUUUUCCUCUGUGGACCAGAUUAACUGAAGAAUGUAAAGUAUUUAUUUGUGCUGAUAAAUGUGGUGAUUAAGAAAACAAAUUAUAGGCUGUCUGACCCAAUGUUUGGUUUCUUAUAAGAUAGUAUGGCAUUUUGUAAUUAAGUAGAAGACAUGACUUUGGGAGAGGGUCCAUCAUCACUUGUGCCAGAUGUUUAAUUGUAUAUUAACUGUCAAUACAAGCCAAUUUCGUGCUGAGUUCCAGUUGCCUCGACUCUGUCUAGGCCCUCUGUCUGCAGUAGUCGGACACUACAUAUUUUGUCCAGCUUUAGGUGAAAAUCCUUCAGGAAUGUGUGGCUGAAUGGAAGGAGGAGCGUUAGUUCAUUGUUAGAGUGGGAAGGUUUAGUCACCUGGCAACAGCAAACUCAAGUGGCUACAAAACAGGCGUAGUGAGUUGAAGCUUUUCAAGCGUUCCCCUUUCUCUCCCAUUUUUAUUUGUGUCAAACAUGGAUCAAAGGGCUUAAUUGUCACUCUUGGGUUUGUGUUUUUCCCUUGUCCUGUAGAGCAGAAUUAGCUGCUGAGAUUUGGCCAAAGACAACUGUAACCUUUCCCUUGUGUGUUCCUCAGCUGGACGCAGCAUUUUGCUACUGAACACAUCACACUACACCCAUAUGGUGUUUUCACAAGGCCUGGUAAGAGCCCUGUGUCAACGGUUUCAAAUGAUAUGGGCCCAAGUCUCUUCACACAGGAGUUGCAAUAUAUUUUUUAUUAAUGAAGUUCAUAAAGUAUAACUUAUGUGCAAUUGUCUUGACCUAUCAGUUUGUGAUGUUUUCUUGUUGAAUAUGUAAAUAUCUGACAAUGUUUUCUCUAUGUCCUGCAAAAAAAUUACCUCUCCAUCUUGUAUUUUGCACUAUCGUAGUACAACCUUGUCCCCUCGACCAUACUGUGCACGCUCCGAACUGAAAGUCCUCUCGCUCUCAUGAGAAGGAGAGUGUGUGUUUGUCCUGUUUAGGAUUGUAAGCGUUUAAUGCUGUUGAGGGUUGGAGCAGGAAAGCAACCCGGCUCACCACUAAGUGCUUCCCUCCUCCCAAACCAGCGUGUGCAUAUGAUUGUAAUUUGGAAGUCCUCUGAGUGCCACGAAGCUGUCUGGGAUAAUUUGUCAUCCUGCUAAGUAUAAUGCUUGUUUACAAACACAAACUCAAGUAAGAGGUGAAUGUCUGAUCUUUGGCUCCGGCUCACAACGAUGCUGCUCUUCCUCUUUGGGAUUUUUUUGUCCCCCUUCUUGCUUUACUCCACUUAGACAGAGAGCUGAAAUGUUUAUCAGUCUUUCAAUGUCAUGUUUGUGUUCUGUUUGUUGUUGAAUUCAUGUUCCAGUUUCAUUUACCCCAAAAUCCUUGACUUUGUAUCUGGUCCUCCUUUUCUCAUGCUUUCUGUUUCCCUACGUCACUUGACCGAUGUUGAUUCCAGGGGGGUUUUCUAAUAAAAUUUUUUUGAUUCGCAAA